AGAAGAAGAAAGAUAAUUUGUGCCACCUCUAAUUGUGUUUUUUGUUAAAUGUUUUGUAGAUUAUGGAUUAGGAGAUAAUCGACUUGGAGCUGGAAACUGAAGACCGAGACUGAAACCGAAGCCGAAAAUGAUUUUAAAUCUCUAAAAACAACGGCGCUGAGAAAGAAAGAAAGGCCACAAAAGGCCCCCCUAAAUAAUAGAGCCGUGCUGCUCCACAAAAAUUAGCAUAAUUAAGGUGCCUACCCAAUGGCUGACCAUUGAGAGAUAUCGAGAAAAACACGCACUUUUGUGCCGCGAUCAUCAACACUAUCGAAUGCAAAUGAGCCCUCAACGACGGAGGCGACAUCACUCAAGAGCCGAAAGCGAAAUGUGCAUCAUCAAGCCCCAGACCCGAAAGCCAGACUCCAAAACUUUGAGCUAGCCAUUGCAUAAUAGGGCCCAGGCUGCGCCAGCUAACCGAACACGACCUCAUUUACAAAAUCGCAAGCUUUGAUCAAACAGAAACUACACAACAAAACUACAAAAGUAAAUAAGUAAAUAAAACUAAAAAAUACACAACAGACUCCACGUUUUGCAUGACGUAUACGCAACGUGGGCCGCAAUAAUGGAUCUAAUGGAGCUGCUGCAUCAGCUGGCCUGGAAUGUCUUCGAUAUCUUCAAGAUCUACAUCAAGUUUGCCCUGCUCACGCUGGUCUUCUACCUCAUAGCCGAGUGGUACAUCCUCCGCUACGGAGCCGAACUGGAGGCCCAGCUGGACGCCCAUCUGGCGGAGGGGGCUCCGUUGCGUGAGGGAUCCCCCGAGGAGCGGCCCGAAUCGAACAGCACCCUGAGCAAGGUGCUGCGCUUUGUGGUGAACUUUUUCAUCCUUUAAUCGAGUGACGGAUCGGGCCACUCAAUCGAACUCGCUCACUCAAUCACAAGCUCAUGGCGACAAGGUCAAUCUCAUCGGCAGCUGAAUCGGUUUAUGCGAUUUUGUGCUUUUAUUUCGCGGAAUUGCAAUUCGUUUCAGCUACCACAUCUCAAGGCCCCUCCCCGUCAAGAGAAUGUAACCGACCACUUUUGAUACAAUCGAACCAGUUGCAUUUAACCAAAAGCAGAAAAACAGAAAAACAAAAUCAAAAGCCACCAAGUAAACACAAUCUUUAUAUGUAAUAAACAAUAACAAUAAGGAGCUGAACAAAAAAACAA